ACCGAGAGGCGUGGUGCUGUUGGCGGAAGUUUAUGGUCAGACUUGUAGUUCAUUUAAAUCACCAUGUGGUUGUAAUUCUUAAGUCAAAAUCAGUACUGUUAAAAAUCGAUCAAGAUGGGUAAAAAGACCAAGAAAGAAAAGAAAGUUAAAGGAGCGGAGAAAACAGCCGCCAAAAUGGAAAAGAAGGUCUCGAAACGAUCGAAAAGAGAAGAGGAGGAUUUAGAGGCGUUAAUCGCGGAAUUUCAGUCCCUGGAUGCAAAGAAGACGCAAGUAGUGGAAACAGCAUGCGACUCUCCGUCCAGCAGGCUGCACGCUUCGCUGUGUGCACAUCCCGAAAAAGACGAGUUGAUUUUAUUGGGAGGGGAAUUCUUCAAUGGGAAAAAGACAUUUCUGUAUAAUGACCUGUUCUUCUACAACAUCAAGAAGAACACUUGGGUGAAGGCAGACAUCCCGAACCCUCCUCCGAGACGCUGUGCUCACCAGGCAGUAGUAGUUCCCCAGGGUGGGGGGCAGAUGUGGGUUUUUGGAGGGGAGUUUGCGUCCCCUGAUGGCGAGCAGUUUUAUCACUAUAAAGAUCUGUGGGUGCUUCAUCUGGGAACACGCACAUGGGAGCAAAUCAAAGCUCCUGGUGCUCCAUCUGGUAGGAGUGGACAUCGUAUGGUCUUGACCAAAAGGCAACUGCUUGUUUUCGGGGGCUUUCACGAAAGCACAAGGGAUUAUAUCUAUUAUAACGAUGUGCACUCUUUCAAUCUGGACACAUUUACUUGGAGUCGCCUCCAGCCGUCAGGAACCCCUCCCUGUCCCCGUUCAGCCUGUCAAAUGACCCCAACACCCGACGGCAACGGGGUCAUCAUCUACGGUGGAUACUCCAAAUCUAGAGCGAAGAAGGAUGUGGAUAAAGGAACGAUCCAUUCUGACAUGUUCAUGCUGAGGAGGGAGGGCAGAGAAGAGCAAGAGAAGUGGACCUGGACCCGAUUGAACCCAUCAGGAGUAAAGCCUCCACCCCGAUCUGGUUUCUCUUUGGCGGUGGGACCCGGAGGCCGCGCCCUCCUCUUCGGUGGAGUCUGCGAUGAGGAGGAAGAAGAGUCUUUGGAGGGAGAUUUCUUUAAUGAUCUUUACCUUUAUGACAUCAACAAAAACCGCUGGUUUCCUGCUCAGCUUAAGGGCGGCAAGUCAGAAAAAAAGAAGAGGCGUCGAGGAAAGAAGGAAGCGCAGGCCGAUGAGACGGAAGAAGAAGAGAAAGAGGCAGCGCAGGGUCCCAGAGAGAUUAUUAAAGAGAUCGUAGCAGAAGAUGGAACGGUGAUGACCAUUAAAGAAGUGAUUACAGACACACAAACUGUGGAGGAAAGCGAGGAGGACGACGAGGAGGAGGAGGAAGAAGAGGAGGCGGCCGCAAUGGCUCCCAUGGUGGAGCCCUGUCCUCGCUCCAACGCCAUGGCAACGGUGAAGCACAGCAAGUUGUAUUUGUAUGGAGGAAUGUUCGAGGUGGGAGAUCGACAGUUCACCCUCAGCGAUCUCUACAGCCUGGACCUGCAUAAAAUGGACCGGUGGGAGGUUUUAGUGGAAAUGGAUCCAAAGACACAGGAGUGGCUUGAAGAAUCUGAAUCAGAAGAUGGAGAUGAAGAAGAGGAGGCAAAGGGGGGAGAGGAAGAGGACGAUGAAGAUGAGGAGUCAGAGGAGGAAAGCAAUGAUGAAGAAGAUCCAGAGCACCCGCCAACAGAGCCUGAAGAAACUCUGGCCGAUUAUCAGACCCGGACUGAGAAGUACUGGCAGGGCCUGGCCCGGGCCAACAUGGGUCCUGACGCCAAAGACAAGAAAGUACAAAAGGUCGCCCAUGCCAUGGCCAAGGUGUUUUUUGAGAGUCAGGAAUGAGAUUGUAUAUGUGUGUCACUGGAUUCAAGAGAUGCAAGUCUGUAUUAUAAUUAUGUGUGUGUGCGGCUGUGAGAAGGAAAUUGUAUGAUGUUACAUACACUGUAAUUUAAAAUUUACGUUUAAUAAUGUCAUUUCAACUAACUUGACAAGUGAUAAGAUGCUGUAACUUAAUAAAUCAAGUUGAAUUUGCUUUAGUUAUGUCAGCUUUAUUUAAUAAGUUACAGCAACUCAUCAGUAGUUAAAAUGAAUUGUAAAUCCAAGUUGUUAAACUUAAAAGUUUAAGUACAAAAAUAUUUUAUACAGUGUAGGAAAUCUCAAUACUGUGUGAAUGUGUGCAUGAAAGAAUAAGUUUAUGUUUAAGUUUUAAAACCAGUAAAAAGACGUGUUUUUCAGACUAUAUUGAAAGAUUGUCUCAAAUGUACAUUAUUAUCACUAAAUCUCAUUGCCUUGUUUCUCAUCAUCUUGUCUAUGUUUUUGUUCUUGUGAGCACAAAAAAAAUUACACACAAGGUAAAUUGAGGUCUUAUGAGAUGUUUAUGUAGUAACCCAAAUAAUUAAAAUCUUAGUAAAAUUAAAGGGACACUCCACCUUUUUUGAAAAUAUGCUCAUUUUCCAGCUCUCCUAGAGUUAAACAUUUGAUUUUUACAGUUUUGGAAUCUAUUCAGCUGAUCUCCGAGUCUGGGGGUACCACUUUUAGCAUAGCUUAGCACAAUCCAUUGAAUCUGAUUAGACCAUUAGCAUCACGCUAAAAAAUAACCGAAAGAGUUUAAAUAUUUUUCCUAUUUAAAACUUGACUCUUCUGUAGUUACAUCAUGUAUUACGACCAACAAAGUUGCGAUUUUCUAGGCAGAUAUGGCUAGGAACUAUACACUUAUUCUGGCGUAAUAAUCAAGGACUUUGCUGCCGUAACAUGACUGCAGGAGGCGCAAUGAUAUUACGCAGGUGCCCGAAAAUAGUCCCCUGCUAUUGAAAGUUACCAAGGGCGCAACUUUUAAUUUUCCGUCGGUCUUAGUACUCGAUGUAACUACAGAAGAGUUUUAAAUAGAAAAUAUAUCGAAACUCUUUGGUUAUUUUUAAGCGCGAUGCUAAUGGUCUAAUCAGAUUCAAUUGAUUAUGCUAAGCUAUGCUAAAAGUGGUACCGCCAGACUCUGAGAAAAUGAAAAAUGAGCAUAUUUCCCAAAAAAGUGGAGUGUUCAUUUAAAAUGAAUAUUGAGUUUUGUGAACUUGUGUCAUCAUGUAAAAACAGACUUUCUAGUCAUUGGGCCAAAAGAAAUUACAUUUUCAAUAAGCAGGCAUUUUUAUCCAAAGCGACCUACAGUGUAUUUAAG